GAAUUUUUUUUUACUGGUUGGUGUGUAUAGCGGUUAAAAUACUGAUGAAUAAAUUUUGUUAAAUUAAACUGAUAAAAGUAAUUUAAUUAAAUUUAUUUAAUCAUGACUGCUCCUCAUUCGAAGAAACGUGUUUGUUAUUAUUAUGAUGGUGAUAUAGGAAACUAUUAUUAUGGACAAGGACAUCCAAUGAAGCCUCAUCGUAUACGUAUGACUCACAACUUGAUCUUAAACUAUGGCCUCUACAGGAAAAUGGAAAUCUAUCGACCUCACAAAGCUACUCAAGAAGAAAUGACCAAAUAUCACAGUGAUGAUUAUGUUAGAUUUCUUCGUAGUAUAAGACCAGAUAAUAUGGGAGAAUACAAUAAACAAAUGCAAAGGUUUAAUGUUGGUGAGGAUUGUCCAGUUUUCGAUGGCUUAUAUGAAUUUUGUCAAUUAUCUACUGGUGGAUCAGUUGCUGGUGCUGUGAAACUGAACAAACAAGCAGCUGAAAUUGCUGUUAACUGGGCAGGUGGACUUCAUCAUGCUAAAAAAUCUGAAGCUUCUGGAUUUUGCUAUGUAAAUGAUAUUGUGUUGGCCAUUUUGGAACUUUUGAAAUAUCAUCAAAGGGUAUUGUAUAUUGAUAUUGAUAUACAUCAUGGUGAUGGUGUUGAAGAAGCUUUUUAUACUACUGAUAGAGUGAUGACUGUAUCGUUUCACAAAUAUGGCGAAUAUUUCCCUGGAACUGGUGAUUUAAGGGAUAUCGGUGCCGGAAAAGGCAAAUAUUAUGCUGUGAAUUUCCCUCUACGAGAUGGAAUCGAUGAUGAAUCUUAUGAGCAGGGCAUCUUCCAACCUCUUAUAUCAAAAGUCAUGGAAAUGUAUCAGCCAAGCGCCAUUGUUCUUCAGUGUGGAGCUGAUUCUUUAUCAGGCGAUCGUCUUGGUUGUUUCAAUUUGACACUGAAGGGACAUGGCAAAUGCGUGGAAUUUGUGAAAAAAUACAAUUUACCACUCUUAUUAUUAGGAGGAGGAGGAUAUACUAUAAGAAACGUUGCUAGGUGCUGGACACAUGAAACAUCUGUUGCUUUGAAUUGUGAAGUUGCUAAUGAAUUACCAUACAAUGACUAUUUUGAAUAUUUUGGUCCUGAUUUUAAACUUCAUAUCAGUCCAUCAAACAUGGCUAAUCAGAACACACCUGAAUAUCUUGAAAAAAUAAGGACAAGAUUAUUUGAAAACCUCAGAAUGUUGCCCCAUGCCCCUGGUGUUCAGAUGCAGCCCAUUCCUGAAGAUGCAAUAGACAAUGAAAGUGAAGAUGAAGACAAAGAAAAUCCGGAUGAGCGCAUCAGCAUACGUGCUUCUGAGAAAAGAAUAGCUUGUGAUGAAGAGUUCUCUGAUAGUGAAGACGAAGGAGAUGGUCGUCGGGAUGUGCGUUCUCAUCGACCAAAAAAGAAACACAAGAAUGAAGAUACUGAUGGUACAAAGAAAGAUUCCGAUAUCAAAGCCGAGAAGGAAGAUAGAAAGCCAGAUGCAGCAGCAUCUGAUAAUAAAGGAACAUCAGCAUGAUAAUUUUGGUAGUCAUCAAUGCGGUGCAGUUGUGUUUUUCUGUCAAAAUGGUUAUGCUGUCUUUUUACUUCAUACAAAAAUUGGAAAAUCAUUUUAAAACAUGUGUAUACUGUCCAAGUGGAUUUUUAUUAUUCAUCAUCAAAAAGACAAUUUUCACCACCAUUCUUUAAAAGUUUUUUGUAUAUAGAAUUGCAUUAACAUUUAUUGAUGGAAGUGUAAAAAUUUCAUUCAAUCCAUUAGUUGAAUAAAUUAAGUGGAAGUAUGUUGUUGUGAAUAUAAUGUUUACUACAUUUCAUUCAAACGGUUUAGUUUUUUGCCUUUUAUCAUGCAUUUUUUUCAAAACAUAGAAACAUAUUACUUGUGAGCGCAAAAUGAAUAAUAGCUUUUUAUUUAAAUAGUAAUCUAUAUGUGUGUGUUUUUUUCCAAUAUUCAUUUAAAAAUUUGAACUUAAUGAAUUUUAAUAUUUUAAUUCAUUUAUAUCACUUGAUGAAAAUGACUAAAGCUUUAGUUAUUGAUGGCAAAAUGUCCUACUGAGAUAAAAUAACUGUUGUAGUAGUUAUGAUUGUAUGCCUAUGUUUUGUAUUAAAAACAUCAUUAGCUUUAUAUCAGCAUGGACAUUUCUGUGUGAUUAUUAAUCGAAAGUGAAGUAAAAAAUAUGCUCUCUAAGGCAUGAAAAGGGCAUUGAUAUUUUGAAGGUUAGUUUAAAUUCCAAAGAUCAAGUCAUUACUAACCAGUAUCAAACAUCCUUUAAUGGCUAUUUUCAUUAUUAUGAGCAUUUAGCAUAUUCUGUUUUAUCUUAAGUUAAUAUUUCCAUUGUAUUACUAUUUUAUGAUCUGCAUAUUUAUUCCUGUAUGCUGUUAUAAUUCAUAUAUUUUUUCUGUGUCUAAUAUAAAUGCACUGCACUUGUAUUCUGUAAGUUCUAAAGGGGAAUAAAAUCAUUUUUAUUUUUAUGA